CAAAGCUGAGAAAAAAUAAUUGGAGGGCUGAAAAGUAUUAUUGAAGGUGGAAUGUUCAUAGUAAGUUUGAAUGUUACCAACGUCAGACACAUCGCAAAUUCCAGGAUAGAACCGUCUGCAGUUCUGUAUUGGCCUGGAAUUCAGCUAGAAUCUUGUGGCAGGAGCGGAAAGUGUUCGUCGUGCCACGUUCGUAGCUGUUUGAAAAGCUUUUGUUCUCAUACAAACGUUUCCAAAAAAAAAGAAUUUACCUUUGAGAGGAGCGUUGAAUACACCGUGUAUUUCCGUUGCAUUCCGAAUGGAAUGAGGUUGUUAAUCGGACAUGAUGUGUUGGAUAUAAGGCGAUGAGUAUUGAACAUGCCCGGAGCGGUCCUGUCGCAAUGGAAACGGCUGUGUUGGAGAGGUGUGAUGCCAAUUUGUCGUCGCAGCCUGCUGAUUUGAAUUGUGCAAUUGAAAAACAGUCACAGGAGCCAUUGAUACAGACAUCUGAGCAACAACAGCAGCAGCAGUCCGUAGGAGCAGUAGUGGCAGCAGCAGCACAGCAUGCUCCCCAACAGCAGCAGCAGCAGUCCACAGCAGGAGCAGGCGAUGCUCACCAGCAUCACCAGCAAUAUCAGUCCAUAGCAGCAGCAAUGCAACGUGCUCCCCAACAGCAACUGCGCCGGCCGUCAACAACAGCAAUAGCACAACAUGCUUUCCAACAGCACCAACAGCAGAUCCAUCAGCAGCAGCAGCCGCCGCCACAGCAGCUCCAGCAUCAGCAGCAGCUCCAGCAUCAGCAGCUCCAGCAUCAGCAGCAGCUCCAGCAUCAGCAGCAGCUCCAGCAUCAGAAGCAGCACCAGCAGCAGCACCAGCAGCAGCUCCAGCACCAGAUCCAUCAGCAGCAGCAGCUCCAGCAGCAGCAGCAGUCCAUAUCGGCGGUGGCAGCAGCAGCACACCAUGCUCCCCGGCAACAACAACAGCAAGGAAAGGAUAGUUCACCAGCAGCAGCAGCAGCAGGGCAAGCACCAACAACAUCGUCACGCUCCGCAUCAGCGUCGGUGGGUACUGGGAUUGCUACUCGCCCUGUUGCUAGGCACACGGCUGCCACCCCUAGUGCUUCUUCACGGGAAUGCGAGGAGAUUCGACAGUUCAGUCUCGGCGCCGAGCUAGUGGCGUCACCUGGCAAUGACAUGACCCGGGCUGUGUCACCAAAGAUGGCCCAGCAGCUUGGUGAGCUGAUCGAGGAUAGAGAAGUGAAGCUGGCGAUCACAGAUGAGCGCUAUCAGAAGUGCUUGCUAGAGCUGUUGUUCUUGGAUGCUGGCGGUGAAAUGGUCGACUACCAUCUUUGGCGUAAGCGCAAGAACCCGUAUCGAGACACGUUUCUGGAUCUGAAUCCCAUCGAGAACGAAUCGUUUGAGUACAAUCUGCCGCCCGACCCGGUGCGGACGCAGGGCCAGCCCACGCCAUCCAGCUCCACAGCCGCUCACAGCAGCACUGCCGGCGCCUCUCGCACCCCGACGGCAACGAGCACAUCGCAAGCGACGGCGACGACCACGCCGACUGUGGCGCCGAUGGCUGCAGCAGCAGCAGCACCCCAGCCACCAGCGCCGCAGCCGCCGCCGCCGAAAGUGUCCCGUGGCCGUGCGCCCGACUCUCGCCCACGCAUACACGCCUACACUGGCCCUGUGGCCAGGUCGCGCAAGGACCGUGAGAGCAGCGGCUCGCGUAGCGGCUCACGCGUGCGCUCUCCGCUGGCCUCACCAAAGUCACCGCAGUCGGGCGCCACGAGUCUGGUUUCCUCUCCAACGCACACAGGCAGCACCAGCAGCAGUCAUGGUGGUCCAGUGUCGCCACCACUGGAGCAGCAGGUCACCAGCAGCACCAUCAGCAGCACCAGUAGCACCACCAGCAGCAGCACCAGCACCGGCAUGCGCAGCCAGCACAAGUGGGUGGAGAACAUGGAGAUGACGAUGACGCACGGCUCGCAGGAGAUUGCCGAGCAGGCCAAGCACGAGGCCGACGUGCGAGUGCGCAUGGAGGCGCUGCAGAAGGACGGCCUCUGGUCGGCCAUGCGCACCAGUCCCGUCGACGAGCCCGCGAGGCCGAAGUCCCACUGGGAUUUCCUGCUGGAGGAGAUGGAAUGGCUCGCCGGCGAUUUCAUGAAGGAGAGACGCAUCCGAUCCUCUUGGGCACGAAAGCUGUCCAAGGCAGUGCUGCGCCACCACAAUGAGAAGGCCACCCGGCAGCAGCGCAUUCGCAAGGAGAGCCAGGCCAAGCUGCGGCGCAUAGCCAGCGGCAUGGCCAAGGACGUGCGCGGAUUCUGGGGCAACAUUGAACGGGUUCUGAAGUACAAGUACGAUCGUUUGAACGACGCUCACCGCCAGGAGGCAUUACAAGAGCAGCUGAGUGCUGUCAUGGAUAAGACGGAGCAGUACUCGUCCUGGCUAGCAGAGGAUCUAGAUGCAGCCAACACCAGCAAUACGGAGUACAGUAUGGAUGUUACAACGGAGGAUGGCGGUGAUACCAGUCGACUGUCUUCGGCAUUCCCAUCCGAACUCGACUCUGAUGGCUCCACAGGGCACCGGCGCCGUUUAUCAGCAGGAAUGUCAAGCAGUAAAGGUUCUUCUGAAGCUGGCGAGGCUGAUGUGUUUGAACCCGACGCAAACAGUGACGACGAUGAUGACGAAGAGACUAUUCUUGCAGCUAAUGCCAACGAGGAUGAGUCUGCAGUUGCGGACGAGGUGAAUGAGCUGUGUCGUGAGAGUGAGAUGCCACUGGACGACUUCUUAGGGCAGCAUGUGCCUCUGGACUAUCUGGAACAGCGGGAGAAAAUGCUCCAGGACGAGAUCGCAAACGCCUCCGAGUCUUGCUCAAGCUAUUCGGAUGAUUCGUCAGACGACGAUGACGACGACGACGAUGACGAGGAUGAUGACAGUGACGAGGAUGAUGAUAAUAGUGAUGUUGCCUCAAGUGAAGGUGCGAAUAGCAGCGAUGUUGGAAAGGUGACGGCACCGCAUGCUCACUUUCCCGAUACCGAUCCGUCCUCGGCUGCUACCGCUGCAGCAUCGCUGUCGCCCAGAGGCCGUCGUCGCCAGCAGCAGCAGCAGCGGUGUAGUCCAUCACCAUCGUCGUCAUCCGCCGGGGGUGGACUGCGUCAAUCUUCACGUCGACGUGCUCAUCAGUCUGAGGCGUCUUCACGCAGCGCCACGGAGAGCGAGGAGGCGUCCGUGUCCACAUUGGAGGCAGUGUCGACCGUAGACUCUCUGCUUGCAGAGCCCGUGAAAGAAGGUGAUGAUGAGUUUGAUCCGGAGGAGGAAUCUGAAGCCAGUGACGACGAGAGAACAAUUUUACGUGAAGAAGCGCGUCAGGAUGCAGCCUUAGUUGCCGCCGAGGUUGAUGAUCUUCAACGGGAGAGUGAAAUGCCGCUGGACGACUUUCUCAUGUCCAUACCGGCCGAUUACCUGGAGCAGCGGGAGAAGAUCUCCAUUGCCGGUGCCGGUGUUUCCGAGAGUGACUUGUCUUCGUCGGCUGGAGAGUAUGGCAGUAGCAGUGCUAGCAGUAGUGAUGAGUCGCUCAGCAGCAGUGGUGGUGAUGACGACGAGGACGACAAUGACCAACAGACCAGCGGUGCAGAUCAGCAGCGGCGCCGCCAUCGCCGCAGCAACAACGGACGACACCAUCACGCAGAGCUGGCCUCCUCGGCCGCAUCUUCACUCGCCCUGCGCCGCUCCAGGCGCUCAACUCGUGGCACAGCAGUAGUAACAGCAGUAGCAGCUUCACAGUCACCAUUGUCAGCAUCAGAUGUAGCCACUGACGGCAACAGCACGUCGUUACCACCAUCCUCACUGACCACCGACAUUGAUGGAGGCGCUGGUGAUGAUGUUAACGACGUGUUCAAUCCAGACGAGUGCUCUGACGAUGAGGAUGAUGACGAGAGCACAAUACUGCUAGAAGUCAAACGCCAGGAAAAGUCCGAGAUUGAUGAAGAAGUCAACGAACUUCAGCGUGAGAGUGAGAUGGCUCUGGAUGACUUUCUCACCUGCAUUCCCGAGGACUACUUGAAGCACCGAGAAGCACUUCUGUCGUCUGUGUCCAUGCCAGCUUCUCCUGCGUUGAUAGGUAUGAGACCUUGUGAAGUUCAGUCACGCGGUGAGUCCAGUGAUCGUUGCAUUGCCGGUGGUAGUGACGGUUACAGUGACGGUAGUGAGGGAAGUGGCAGUGAUAGUGACACCGUGGCAUCGCUUUUCUCACCGUCUUUGCCAGAUGCCAAUGCUCGUCACCAGCCCGUCGCACUAGGAACAGAUGUUGUUGGUGAGGUGAGGUCGUCACGUCGUGGUAUGAAGAGGGUACGGAUACACGACUCGCGUGCCUCUAGCAGUGGGGACAGUGACAACGAGACAUCCUCGUCAACACCGGCACAGGUGCGCAAGUCUUCCCCUCCAUCAUCUCCGCCGCGGAAGGCCAUGAGACGCAACGGGUCUGGAAAAGGAGGGGUGUGCAAUCCUCCGGUGAAUGGCAAGAUUGAGUCUACUGGCAACUCGUUGGCCCUGUCUGCGAUAUCGUCCUACGCCUCGUCCACCGCUGCAUCCUCUUCAGAAGUGUCUGAACAGAACAACACGGGUAGCAACAGAGAACGAUCGUCCCCGAUACGACGGACUUCACCGCGAAAGGCAGCCUCUGCCCCCACAACCGAUUGUGAGCAAAGCACACCGUCAUCUCCGAGCAGAGCUAAUUUAUCUUCUCCUUCAGCACCGGCGCACGGACAGCGAAAUGGUCAAGGCGCUGUGGAGUCCUCCUUACCCGCUAAGGACAGUGCUGUCGAUGGUGCUGAUGGUCCUGACGAUCAACUAGCGGCAGUGGCACGUGUGGCUGAAGAACUCCAACCGACCGGCUUUACGCUUUCCACGUCCAAGGUUGAGACCGAGGUGCCGUUCCUUCUGAAGCACACGCUGCGCGAGUAUCAGCAUAUUGGUCUGAACUGGCUGGCGACCAUGCAUCACCGCAAGCUUAACGGUAUCCUGGCCGAUGAGAUGGGUCUUGGCAAGACGAUCCAGACGAUAUCACUGCUAGCGUACUGCGCUACAGCGCUGCAGAACUGGGGACCUCAUCUGAUAGUGGUCCCAACUAGUGUCCUACUCAACUGGGAGAUGGAGUUGAAGAAAUGGUGUCCAGCCUUCAAAAUACUUACCUACUACGGCUCAAUCAAGGAACGCAAGAGCAAGCGUGUCGGCUGGAGCAAGCCCAACUCCUUCCACGUCUGCAUCACGUCCUACAAGCUAGCACUGCAGGAUGCCAUUAUGUUUCGCCGCAAGAAAUGGCAGUACCUGGUCCUGGAUGAGGCGCAACACAUCAAGAACUUCAAGUCUCAGCGAUGGCAGGUCCUGCUGGGUUUGCCCAGCUAUCAUCGACUACUUCUCACUGGCACCCCGUUGCAGAACUCUCUCAUGGAGCUCUGGUCUCUCAUGCACUUUCUCAUGCCAGACGUGUUUGCGUCGCAUCAGGACUUCAAGGAGUGGUUUGCCAACCCGCUGACGGGCAUGAUCGAGGGCACUCAGGAGUAUAACCACUCCAUUGUGCAGCGCCUGCACAAGGUUCUUCGUCCAUUCUUGCUCCGGCGGCUGAAGUGUGACGUAGAGAAACAGCUACCGUCUAAGUAUGAGCACAUAGUGCCGUGCUGGCUGUCCAAGCGACAACGCUAUCUUUACGAUGACUUCAUGUCCAAAAGAAAAACAAAGGAAACUCUGGCGGCCGGUAACUUUCUCAGUGUCAUCAACAUUCUCAUGCAGCUAAGAAAGGUGUGCAAUCAUCCGGACAUGUUUGAGCCCCGGCCGAUCACAUCCCCCGCUUGUUUUGAAGGUGUCACGUACUCUACGGCGUCUCUAGUGCUCACACCACUCAUCUACCAACCACUGUCGACGUUCAACCCGUCCUCGUUCAACUUUGACUUGCUGUCCAUGGAGGAGGAGGAAGACACUCUUGCACAGCAGCGCUCCCUAUCACUGCAAGUCAGCAGGUGGCUGACGGAGGACUCUGAGCUGCAGCCUGAGUCAGAGCUCCCGUCCAUGCUGGCGCGCACAUCCGUGUCCAGCUCUGGCUCCAGCCCGACUGCCGUGCGACGCCGAUCAGGCAUCCACAGGCCUGACCUACCCAUGGCCUUCAUCUUGCCUGAACUGGCUGCUGCCCAAGCGGAGUCGUAUCGUCAGCGCCAGUCACAGAUGGCCCAGACCAGUCGCAUGCGCUGUCAGCGCUUCCCAAUGCUUGGCCGCUCACUGCGCCAGGUUCUGGAGUCAGCGUGCAGACGCAGGUACUGGCGUUGUGUUGAAGACACCGAUGCACAGCAGAGAUAUGUAUCAUCAGCCAGUGUGGUAGAUGGUAGCAUAUCACAUCGUCCUGCAACAUGCUACUGUCCCAGUACAGCUCUAGAGGAGGCAGUAUGUACGUAUGAAGAGAGGUUCCAGCAACUAGCACCGCUACUGCGUCGGUUUGUGAUGUUUGUACCGACUGCCAACUGUGCAGCAGUGACACUGCAUACGGUACACCCUCCGCCACAUCUAGCCGUGGCAGCGGAGAGUGAACGGCGACAACUGCACAGGUUUCUCUCCGACACCGGACGCUGCGACAUCUUCCACAGCGUUGCCACGACGAUGUCGUUCAGCUUCCCGGAGCGACGUCUCAUCCAGUAUGACUGUGGCAAGCUGCAGGUAUUGGACUUGCUGCUGAAGAAGCUCAAGGCUGGCACUCAUCGUGUGUUGAUCUUCACGCAAAUGACCAAGAUGCUGGAUGUGCUGGAAACGUUCUUGACCUACCAUGGCCAUACUUACUUACGACUGGAUGGUACAACCGGUGUGGAACAAAGACAAGUGUUGAUGGAACGGUUCAACACGGACCCACGCAUAUUCUGCUUCAUCCUGUCGACGCGCAGUGGUGGACUGGGUAUCAACUUGACUGGUGCUGACACUGUGGUGUUCUAUGACAGUGACUGGAACCCUACCAUGGAUGCUCAGGCACAGGACCGAUGUCAUCGCAUUGGACAGACGCGUGAUGUGCACAUCUAUAGACUCAUCUCAGAACACACGAUUGAGGAGAACAUUCUGAAGAAAGCCAAUCAGAAGCGGCUGCUGGGUGACGUGGCCAUUGAAGACGGUGGCUUCACGCCAUCUUUCUUCAAGCAGGAUUCCAUCACUGACAUCUUCAAGUCGAAUGGUGAAUGCCUUGAAGACAUUGCUGCGGCCAUACCAGACAACUCUAAACAGUUUGAAGAGGUCCUGAGCAAGGUGGAAGAUGAGACAGAUGCACAAGCGGCUAAGAAGGCGCGCGCGGAGGUCGCAGAAGAGGAGGUUGAGCUGAACAGCAACUUUGUGGAGGCAAAGCAGCGGUCAUUAGUCGACGAUGUCCUGGAAGAGUUUUCCGCCAUGACGAGUCAGAUGAGCGCGUUGGAGCAGUACGCACUGCGUUUCCUUGAGAACCGAUUGCCUUUACCGGAAAAACCAGCUAAGACCAAGCUGCCACCAGUGAAUGGUGUUCAGCUACCGCAGAUCAGCACACCAAGCUCAGCAGCAGCAGCAGCAGCUCUCAGUCCUAUCUCUCCUCUACCCCUGGGCUCACCAGCCACAGCCACGUCCUCUGCAGCAGCUACACCAGCUAAUAGCAGUGCACAAGCAGACACACCAGGACUGCUGGGGCUACCGCCAUCACAUGGUGGCAGAUCUCGACCAAGCCACCGUUCAUCUUCGUCUGACACACCGCUCUCAUCGACAGCAGGACCUGGCGCACGGCAUCGCCGAUCUCUGCGUUCGAAAGCGACCGAUGCAACCAGCGGCUGAGAGCUUAUUCUCAGUGUUCGGCUGAGCUUACUCUCAGUGUUGUUGUGGAGAGAAGAUGUGAUAUGGUUUAGGAAAGCUCACCUCUCUCUCUCUCCGGUGUACCUUAUUAGUGUGUUCCGGGGGCUUUGUCCCUCAGCAGUGCCACCACGCUAUAGGAUGAGCAACUACAACGGCAGCGGCGGCGGCCGCAUUGCUAGCAAUGGUUUACAGUGUUACAGCGUUACUGUUAACCGCUGGCUGGAUGUACAUGUACUUGAAGUAGUGGUCAAUGCUGCAGACUGUGCAGAGUAUUGUCACGUUGACUGGUGCGGCAACGGCGUAACGUAUGAUCAGCGUGCUCACAGUGUUCUCAAUAGCCCGUUACGUUGACGCCGCAACCCAUGUGCAGUGGUCCAGCACCAGCAGCAGCAUCACACCCGCCACCAUCAGCACCAGCACCAACAGCAGCACCACUACCUGUAGCAGUGUAUCGCCUUCCAAGUUGCCUCGCACACUCUAACCUAAGCCUACAUGACUGGCAACUGAUCAGUGAGUAAGCUGUCCAGCUGCGCUGCUGCUGCCGCCACCAUCGCCAAUGUCAGCACCACCACCUCCACCAAGCCCUCUCCGUCCCUCCUGCUUACGCGCAUGUGGAGUGUCCCGCUGUGCCUUUCCGUCGCCAUCCCGGUUGUUAUCCUGGUGUGUCCAGACGUCAGUGCCUGCUACCGCUGCCUAGAUGUGUUGAGUGUGUUCACAAGUUUGUGUGUGUGUGUGUGUGUGUGUGUGUGUGUGUGUGUGUGUGUGUGUGUGUGUGUGUGUGUGUGUACACGUAACCCAUACUUUGUAUGCGUGUGCAAAUGCCCGCGACCCGCACAUGUCUAUUUUUCUAGGUUGCUUUUUUAACUUUAUCGCAUUGAUUCGACGGCUGCUUGCAUGAAUCCACCAUCGCUUGUGUUGCGAUGCUCGUCCAGCCUCGUCUGCGGCUUGCUGCUGUCGUGGGUAGCUGUACUUGUGUGCGUACGAGCAUGAUUGCUCUGCCGAUGCUCUCUAGCCUCUCUUGUCAUCAAGCAAUGGACGGGUAUGCAUGUUCAGGUACAUGCUGCAUGCUCUGCUCUGCUCCGCAUGUGCAUGUGCAUGUUGCUUUCGCUGAUGUCCAGCCGCACGUCUUCCUGUCUCUGCGUACAUUCUCUUGCAUGCAGUAUUUUAAAGCAGCGUGCGUAUCGAGUAACUUAUACUGCGCCCUUCGUGCUGUGCACACCGGCUCUGCCCAUCUUGCUGUGCACACCGGCUCUGCUCAUAGUCAUAGUGCUGUGCACACCGGCUCUGCCCAUCUUGCUGUGCACACUGGCUCUGUUCAUAGUCAUAGUGCUGUGCACGUACUGGCUCUGGUCGUAGUGCACUCUUGUUGCAGCAACCUAGGCGUGCAGUGGCCGUGUCCGCUCCUUGUUUACUUGUACCGCCGUGCUUUGUGACACUGGUCGUGCACCGUCUUUUGCUGGUGCCACUUUUGAGUGCUCUUUCACACACACACACACCUUUGGACCUUUGGAAAGCCCAUCGCCGAAGGCGAUGAUAGCUACACACACACACACACACACACACACACACACACACACACACACACACACGCGCGCGCGCGCGCGCGCGCGCGCGCGCGGACACAAGAGCAGCUUCUGUUUCUAUCCUUUCCUUUCCGUUGCUUGGUGAGAAAACUAUGUGGACAUGUUAUUUUCUGCGCCCUGUUUUUAUACCGCUUUCGUCAUGCUUCCGUUGUGUUUUUUUCCCAUCUCAAUUUAAUCUAGUCAUAUUUACCCCCCCCCCCCUCCCCUUCCCAACAUCCUUCACCCCUCCCCGCCCGCCAUUCAUGACCUUAUUUUAUUUCUAUCCAAGCAGGCUUCUUCCCUCCCUCCCCCCCCCCCCCCCCCCCCCCCGCUUAGUCGUCCACAUCCGUGUGUUAGCUGCUGGUCUUGCAUGGCUGCGACCAGGGACUGUGGUCUAGUACUAUGUGUACUCCUUGGUCACAGUGGCUGGUGCUCUGACCAGACACCAUGUGCAGAUCUGGAUGAAUAAUGCUGCUGCGCAUGGCUGCUCACUGUGCACCAUUGUGAUCCAAUGAGAAUGUAGAAAACAACGAACCGCACUCUCGUUGGGAUAA